UUUCAGUGCAGCGUUUUCUAGUCUGAUUCGGACAUAGCGAAAAACAGUAAGCUGAUGACACGGAAGGGUUGUAAGAACCAAUCUUAUCCAGAAUGUCUUGGAGCGACAUGUUCUUCCCAGACAACCCCAGACGCCGCGAGGAGGUCGUCCGCUUGAGCCAGGAGCUGCUGUGCUUGAUGGAGAACAACUUCCAAGUCACCAACCGGCUGUCUGAGCUCCUCAACCAGGAGAUCAAAACCACCUCACUGGGAAAAAUCUCUGUCGACAAACACAAGAGCAUUAGGGAGAACUGUGAAGUGCUGAUUGGCACCAUCCGCAGCAUCCAAGACGAAGUGGCCAAGAUGGAUGUGAAGCUAAGGGAGAGGCUGGAGCCGGCAUUGUACCAAAAGCUUCACAAUUUAACCAUACCCAUUUCUGACCGGAUCAAUAUAGCCGGCAGGGUUCUCCGUAGUGCUUUUGGGAUUCUGACGUCCAGUACAGCUGUCAUCGAGCUGAUCAACAAAGCGGCAACACUCGGCCGAAUUGUCAUAAGCCUUGGCAGGAUGAGCACCUGCGUUGUGGCCACAGUCACUGCUGGAGUGUUAGGGCUGGGGAUUGACAUGAUUGCCAGUGCCAUACUGGGGGUCAUAGAGAGAGGCAACCUGGAGAGAGUCAUUCAGGAGUAUAAGGAGGGACUGGAAGAUUUCAAACCAGCCUCCCAGCAGUACCAGGAUAACAUCACUGAUGUCUUAGCUACAGUCAAGUUCAUGCAGGGUAACUAGCAAUAAAGAAAGGGUGUGGGGUUUUCUUGUGCUGUAACACUGACCAAAAGGAAAUGUACGAACACAUGAUGAAAGCGUUCUGUAGCCUCAAAAAGUCAGUGACAGCACAGUUUCUUUGUUUCAUUUUCAGCAUCCAUUAUGGUGUACCUGCAAAAGACAAAGAAAAAACAGGUUGUUUGAGUUUAUCAAACAAAGACUAUAAGUAGCUACAACAGCAGUGGUCUCCUUCGGUGUUAGGAAAUGAAAAUGGUCACACUGAAGUCACAGAUUGCUGAAGCUGAAGACAGAGCGCAUUGAUCUAAUUUACGCUUGACUGGCAUGUCGAGAUGAUACAAUAAUUGUUCUACAAAAAAUGCUGCCAAAUCUGAACGUUAGAAACACUGUAGAAGUAGAGACGCACCCAGGACUGGAAAAGUAACUCAACAUCAUAGCACAAGACCACGUACUCUCAUCUUCAACCCCAUUCGAAAUACUCCCAGGCACAGGGGAACCUGACACGGUGGUGUAUCCAUACAGAGUAAUUGUAUUUUUUGGCUCAAAAAAUGAAAAAAUUGGAAAGCAAAGGCUUGCAUUUAUGAACUGGAGAACUUGACAUCUUUUGUGGAGAUUAAACUUUUUCUUUUUUUCCUUUGCCACUAUUCAUUUGCCUUUAAACUUAUUUGAAUACUGUGUUACAAAGACUUUAAAAAAUGAUAUAACAAAGUAAAUGUGAGUGAUGCUAUGUUUCUGUUUUUUCCCCUCUCCUGUGUCUUACCGAAAUUUGUGGCGUGUUUAAGACAUGUGGUGGUUGUAUUUCGUUGCACUGUGACCAGGUUGGUUGAAGUGCAAUUAUUAUUAUUAUUAUUAUUAUUAUUAUUUAUUAUUAUUAUUAUUAUUAUCUCUAUGAAAUAUUAUUGGUGUUUCAUCCCGUACCAGGAUCUCAAAGGAACGCAUCGGAUAUAUGUAUAUAUAUCUUACUCCAAUUACUUAAUUGGACCCUUAAACCCUUAAUUGCUCAAUUAGACUAUUUAUUGUUUUCAGCCUAUUGGAGAGUUUUUAAGAUGAAAACAAUAAAUAGUCAAAUUAAACAAAUUAUUAGUUCAGUUAGGGUCCAGUUAAGUGACAGAGCUUGGUUGGAGUGAAAAGCAGCAGCAAAAACAUGCAGGUGGUGAGGUGCAGCUUGGUUGUGUUUGAAGAAAUUGCUUUUAGUGAAACAUUUUAAUGGGGGAAAGGAUAGUGAGGAGGAAUCUCCUUCGUUACCUUCCUCUAUACCGAUCGCUGUGCUUGUGUUAGUAUGUGUUUGUGUGUGCGCAUUUUAUAAGCACUUUAAUUUGGUUUUAGCUUUCAGUGUGCGCUUUGGUUAUCUUGAAUGGUAAACAAUCUGUUCUACCAAUUCUAUAAGGAGUGAAGGGCUGUUUUGAGUUGUAAGUAUUAACAGGCACUGGAUUUUCUUUUGUACAGUUUAACAUGUGUUGCUGAAAAUGAUGCUACA